UUAACACCCUGUUCGAAACAUAGCUUAACUUAUAGCGCUUUCACAUGUAGUAAUAUGGUAUUUAAAUGUUGAACAGCGACCGUUUACACACAAUUCGUAUUGCAUAAUUGUGUACGGACCAGAAAUGUCCAGUGCUCGUGAACUGAUUAUGACUUACAGCAAAAUAAGACAGUUUUGUAGACCUUUCGUUUCUUUCAGAUCAUUUCGCUACGAUUCAUAUAUUAUACAAAAAAACUUCUUGUAUGAUAAAUUGUUAAAAAUUACUUCGCAUACAGUAUUUCCUGUACACGAUCGAUCAACCUUGUGCUUCUCAACUUCAACAUAUUUUAAAAGUGAUUCUAAUACCAUGUGCGAGGGUGAUACGAAGGAACUUAAUGUUUAUUAUAAAGACAUUUUAAAGGCUCAGAAUGACGAUGAUGUACUAAUUAUCGAUGUCAGAGAACAAAGCGAAAUUGACGAAACUGGAAAAUUACCAGGAAGUAUUCAUAUACCGAUGGGAGAUGUUUCAAAUGCGUUGCUAAAUCUUUCCGAAAAAGACUUUAAGGAAAGAUUCAAUAAAGAAAAACCAACAAAAGAUACAAGGGUCAUAUUGAGUUGCAGAUCUGGUAAAAGAAGUGGAAUGAUACUGGAAGAAAUGCAAAGACUUGGAUAUCACAAUGUAUACAAUUAUGUUGGAGGAUGGUUAGAUUGGGAGAGUAAUCAAAAGGUAUAGAUUUUUAUAUUAGAUUUGUAUAUAAUAAUCGUUUCUUAUGUAUCUAGGCAUAUUUACUAAUAAAUUGUUUUAAAUUGUUCAAAAUGAA